UGUUCUUGAGAAUUCCGGCGAAUGCUGAGUGGAAAGUGGUGCAAUAGACGAGUGGUUCUAACGAAGUAGUCAGAAGUAGUAGCGCAAAUAAUUCAGGAUGACGAUUUUGCGAGUGAGGAACGCUCUUCGACUGGACCACAAUGUCCUCCUGCCAAAAAUUUCAUAUUCAUGGGCAACUACUUCAAAUGCAUGUAGAAAUUAUGCAACUAGAGGUGAUAGUCCAGCCAGCAAAAAUAUCGUCUACGUGGAUGGGGUUCGAACCCCAUUUCUAAUGUCUGGGACUGAUUACAGUCAACUGAUGCCUCACGAAUUGGCCACACAUUCGUUGGUUGCUCUGCAGAGAAAAACAAAAAUCCCAAAAGAGAUAAUCGAUUACAUCGUGUACGGGACAGUAAUGCAGGAAGUGAAGACCUCGAAUAUUGGUCGUGAGGCAGCUCUGGCUGCUGGAUACAGUGAGAGGACACCGGCGCAUACGGUCACAAUGGCCUGCAUCAGUAGUAAUGUGGCUCUGACUACGGGAAUGGGCCUCAUUGCUUCUGGUGCUUAUGACGUUGUGGUAGCUGGUGGGGUUGAAUUCAUGUCAGACAUUCCUAUCCGACACAGUAGACCCAUGCGAAAUCUCAUGGUCAAGGCAUCGAAGGCCAAAUCUCUCGGGCAAACUCUCUCUCUCCUGGCUUCCAUCAGGCCCAAACACUUCGUUCCAGACCUCCCAGCAGUGGCUGAAUUCUCCUCGGGAGAAACCAUGGGCCACUCUGGUGAUCGUCUAGCUUCUGCCUUCGGUAUAUCUCGAGCUGAGCAAGACGAAUAUGCCUUGAGGUCUCACACACUCGCCCAAAAGGCGCAGCAAGACGGAAAUUUGAGUGAUUUGGUGCCCUUCAAAGUUCCUAAUGUUGCGAAAGCAGUCGACAGAGAUAAUGGGAUCAGAGUAUCCAGUCCUGAGAAUCUAGCGAAAUUGAAGCCAGCUUUUGUCAAGCCUUAUGGCACAGUCACAGCUGCCAAUGCGUCUUACUUGACUGAUGGGGCUUCAGCCGGACUUAUCAUGAGUGAAGAGAAGGCAAAACAACUGGGCCUCAGACCCAAGGCCUAUAUGAGACAGUUCACUUAUGUCUCACAAGAUCCAGUUGAUCAAUUGUUACUUGGACCUGCCUAUGCCAUCCCAAAGGUAUUGAAUCUUGCGAAAUUGUCUCUCAACGAUAUUGGGGUCUGGGAAGUGCACGAGGCUUUUGCAGCUCAAAUCCUAGCGAACCUGAAAGCCAUGGACUCUGAAUAUUUCUGCCAAGAAUAUCUGAAGAGAAAUAGUAAAGUGGGAAUUCCGGAUUUGAAGAAAUGGAACGCCUGGGGAGGUUCUCUGUCCAUUGGACAUCCAUUCGCAGCCACCGGCGUGCGUUUGGCUUCACACACGGCUAAUCGGAUGAUCAAGGAGGAUCAACAGUUUGGACUUAUUGCUGCCUGUGCUGCCGGUGGACAGGGGGUCGGCAUGAUCAUGGAAAGACAUCCAGACGCAAAGUUAUAAAUAAAAAUAGCAUAUUUUUACAUACGGUUCAUCAGAUGUCUGAAAGACAAAUUGUUCCAUGAAAACUCUAGAUCAAUACAUAUAUUUUCCAAUUAAUUUCAUACAAAAACUGUUUUUAUAACGAGAAUAUUUAUACUAAUGAUUGAAGAAAAUUGUGAUGACAGUUGAGAGUGAAUGAAUCGUCCAUUUAUUCUAUCAUUUGUACAUCGAAUAAAGAUGGCAGAGAAUUUGUUGUUA